AACAAAUUACUAAUCUACUACAAAAUAGAAACCAACUGAUAACAACUGUCAGUUGAAUUUUAUUUUCGCAGUAAUUUGUUUGUUGUUGUUGGAGGUCAAAGAUAAAAUUUUGUUUUGUUUCCAAAUUAAAGUCCAAUGGCUCAAAAAAUUCCAAAUAUUACCCGAUUAUCUGCAUCGAUAAUUCGUGUUUUAGGAUGCAAUCCUGGUCCAAUGACAUUGCAAGGCACAAAUACAUAUUUACUUGGAACCGGCAAAAAGUAAGUUCCGCAAACGAUAACAAACGAAUUCUUAUUGACACUGGCGAUGAAGGUGUUCCAGAAUAUGUUAACAAUUUAAAAUCAGUUUUGGAUGAAGAAAAAGCCACAAUUAGCACUGUUAUAUUAACACACUGGCAUCAUGAUCAUGUUGGUGGUGUGAAAGAUAUUUUGAAACUAUCACGACAAGCUUGCGAUAUAUGGAAGUUUCCACGAACUGAUGCCGCUGACAUUUGUCCCGAAAUACCAACUGAUGUUAAAGUAGAAAAACUCCAGAAUGGGCAAGAGUUUUCAGUUGAAGGGGCCAACGUUAAAAUUGUCCAUACACCUGGUCAUACCACUGACCAUGUGAUACUUACCAUGAAAGACGGUGCUCUGUUUAGUGGUGAUUGCAUAUUAGGUGAGGGAACUGCAGUUUUUGAAGAUCUUUAUGACUACAUGAAGAGUUUGGAUCAUAUUCUUAAAAUAAAACCUUCGAUUAUAUAUCCUGGACAUGGAAAUGUCAUAGAGAAUCCAAUUGAUAAAAUUCAAUACUAUAUAAACCAUCGGAAUCAACGAGAAGACCAGAUCAUAAAGUUCUUCCAGGACAGAGCACCAAAUGAUCACACAACAAUGGACGUUGUGAGAAGUGUUUACAAGGAAACUCCUGAAACACUUUGGCCAGCGGCAGCUUAUAACGUCGGACAUCAUGUGAAGAAACUAAAAAAAGAUGGAAUCCUAGAGAUAGUUGGAGCCGAAGAUGUUGACGAUACAGAAAUUCGUUGGAGAAUUCAUUCGAAAUUAUAAAACAAACAAAAUAACGAUCCAAAGAGCAAAAUAAAGUUUAACAUUUUUUUUAUUAUCUUAACAAUUAA